UUUUCUAUUUUUUAGACUCUAUGACUUAACAGAAGUUGACAGAUAACGUCUUUUUAAAUUUAUGUAUGUACCACUGGCGUCUCACGACCCGUUUUUGUUUUAAAUUCACCUGUUGUUAGUUGUAUCGACGUGCGUCCCGGAGCUGAUCCACCUGAAGUCCAGUCAGAUGGACAAAUGGAACUAUUGGUACAAAAUCAACUUCAAGACAGAGGUGAAGACAGUCACCAUAGAGGACCCGGACGCCUUUGGUCUGGAUGAUAUAAAGGAAAAAGAAUUCAGACUGAAUGGCAACAUCCAUGUUCUGCGGUACGCUGGCGCCGCCAUAUACCUGACGCAGACGAACCUUCUCACCCAUGCGGAAGACAUUUUAAACAACCAGUACCUGCAGGCGGAUCUGUACAAGACGCACAGCAUACACGGGAUCGUUUCUCAAGGUGGAUACCAUGAAGAAUUAGAACACGACUACUACCCUUACAAGGAAUCAUGGGUGACAAAGUUUGCCGUGUCUUAUUCAGAUGACGGAAAGAACUUCCGGUAUCUCACAAUUGGGGACAAUGUCACUGAUCCUAACCAUAUUCUGGUUUUCCUGGGAAAUACAGAUGGCAAACAAAAGCGUCGCGUGAUGUUCCCAUCUCCUAUCUCUGCCCGCUAUGUGCGGUAUCACCCCAUUCAAGGCAGGGACUCUCAAAAAUCGUCCAUUUAUAUACAGAUGAGGAUGGGGCUCGUCGGUUGCAUUGACGCGGACAUCACAAAAGAAGUCAUUAGUGACCAGAAGGAUCAGAACAAAAAGAAAACUUUUACUAACCACCAAGCAGAUGGGGAGGAAUUUACGUUGCGAUGGAAAAUAAGCGUUGACGAAAAGAAAUCGAUUGUCAUCACACUGCACCGAGUUCACGUGCCCGCCUCAAAUCUCUGCCAUAACGGCAGCAUCACUGUAUACGGGGGCGACUCGGAGACGUCCCAGACCGCUCCGUUAUUGUGCAAGGUUUGUGGCUUUCACAGUGGCCCGCAAUCUUUCAACAGCCAUGCGUCAGAAGUCACUGUCAUAUUCAAGUCUUAUAACAGCAAUGAUUUCUUCACAGGGGAGUUCUUCCCGUCUUCCCCUGUCAAUGGUGGGUGUGGAAGGAACUACGGGGGUUAUAACUAUUACAGGAGGAGAAAGAAACGGAUCAUAGGGGGCAGCACGUCUGCUCCUGGGCGCUGGCCCUGGAAUGUCAAAGUGCUCAAGUCUACGUUAUCUCACAACCACGGCUUCUGGUGCGGAGGUACACUGAUUCAUCCUCGUUGGGUUUUGACUGCCGCACAUUGUUUGGAGGGAGUACCCACAGCAGACUACGAAAUCGUUGCACUGGACAAUCAGCGCCGUCGAGCUGUAAAGACUUUUAUCCAUGACCAGUUUUUUGAAAGAAAUAAUCCUUUUAAGCUUCUUAACGAUGUUGGCCUCAUCUACCUUGAGCGAGACUUCCAACUGGGAUAUGGUGCUAACACAAUAUGCCCGCCAGAUGGCGGAAGGAGAGACUGGGAGUCAAGCACCUGUUAUUUCACUGGCUGGGGGAGGAUACAGCCCACGGGCUAUUACCCAGAAAUGAUGCAGCAGAUCCGCCCUUCUGUCGUUCCCAUGAAUAUAUGUCGAUACUACUGGGGCUACCGCUGGAUGAAACAAGAAGCCAUGAUCUGUACGGCGGGACACCCUUACCUACUGCAGGGCUCUAACUGCAUGGGAGACAGUGGCAGCCCCCUGUUUUGCAAGCGUAGAGACGGUAGCUACACAGUAGAAGGUAUAUUUAGCUGGUUGUAUAGGGAAUGCGGUACAAUGGCCAAACCAGACGUGUUUUCACGAGCCUCGGCACACUGGCCUUGGGUACAAGAAAUCAUGCAUACGUACUCUCCGGGAUAUUAGCGCGAGUGAUAUUCCUAUCACAAGAGCAGUUGUGAUCUUAAUCCGCUCUGGUUUCAUCAGUUGCAGCAAGACAGAAUGGACUUGUUUUAAAGACCUUGCUAAGCAGUUUAUUGCAUUGGAUUCUGGCGUGCUGUAACUGCUGUUCUUGGAGGCAAUAGAUUACCUGCCUGAAGAUCUAGGGAACAGUAUACCAAGGAGGUUGAGACGAUUUCAGGAACUUUAAAGUACGCUUCAUGUCCCUGUACCUCUCUUAUUCAAUCUAAGGAAUUUUAUAAAAUAUUGCAGUUCAGAUACUUCUGCUUGAUACAAAAUACAUUAAGAUUCCUAUAAUUUACGUUCCCAGUUUGUGGGAUCAAACUUAUCCACAUUUAUUUACCUGCAGGUGUGAUACGUUUACAAAUAUAUUUAUGAAAUAUAAUAAUAAAGACAAGAUUUGUACUACCAGCACGCUUUAUUUCCGAGAUGGCAAACUAAAAUAUACAAUCUACACAGCCAUAGGUGUCGUUGAGAAUAAAAUGCAACUAAACAAUAAUUUCCAAGUAAUAACUACUCUUUUUACGAUAUAAUC